GUUCGCUUUCUAUUUAUACGGCUUGAUCUGUCGCAAUUUUCUUGUUCGCUCUUUAUUUAUACGGCGAGGAGCCCGAAUCUUCGGCGACACGCAGUAUCCAGGCCUAGGGUUUCAGCGUUCGACACCGAGGGCUUCCUGGACCCAAAAGAUGCGACCUUUGGUUGCUGAACAAGUUUGAUCUUCUUGGCUUCUCGUUGCUGAGAUGCCGACUUUCACCGCGAUCGCCUUGGAAAGGCUUUUGGAGCCCGGGUCUCGGGAUCCUGCGCAGAAGCCGCCUCCGAUUCCGAUCACGGUGGAAAGAGCGGCACGAGACACUACUGUAAGGAAGAGCGUUCCCUGGCCAUAUAUUUCACCUGCCCUCUAUGCCACCCCGGUUGCUACUCCGCUUCCCGAUUCUCCUUCGUCAAUUGUUUCAGAAUCUCCAUAUCUGAUCAACCAUAAGAGACGAGGACCUCGUCUCAUUAAUGGUUUCCAGAAGAAUGAUACCAGUAGCGGACAGUCUCAGCAAUCAGACGUGGAACUGAAGGUUGAAGUCGUGCAAACAAGUGACCAUGGGAUCAAGAGUCGUGAAGCUGAUAAUGCCCACACAAGCAAUGGUGAGACAUUAACAGACGAAGCUAGCCAUGGGAAGGUGCAAAACCAAAAUCUGGAUAUUGGAAAGGUUGGAGCUGAGGAUGUCAAGAAGCCACUUUCUCAUACUAUAGAAAGAGAUGAUGUAAAUGAUGACUCUUUUGACAUCCAUAGCAUCGCAAGCAAUUUUAAGAUUGGAGAUAUCUCUAGUCAGACUGGAUCAAGUACUUCUAUGGGGGAAUUCUAUGAUGCUUUGGAAGAGUUCUCUAGUGGUGGCACACCACAGUCUUCCUAUAACAACUCGGAAGAUGAAUUGUGUGACAUGAAGCUUAAUCUUCUGUUGGAGAUACAAAAGCGGGCACAGGCUGAAGAAUCACUGGAGCAAUUGCGAAAUCUCUGGCAGAAGCUUUCCCAUCAGCUGUCACUACUGGGACUAAGUCUACCUAUUCCACCAAAUAACUCUGAAGAUAUUAAUGCACAAUUAAACUUGGAACCUGUGGAGGAAUUGCCCCAACAGAUUGUUGUUGCACGCUUUGUUGCUGAUGCUAUUAGCCGGGGUUGUGCACGCGCUGAGGUUGAACUAGAGAUGGAACCUCAAAUUGCAGCGAAGAAUUUUGAGAUUAGUAGGCUGGGGGAUCGACUCCAGUAUUAUGAAGUUGCAAAUAGGGAAAUAUCUCAGAGGAAUCAACAGGCAGUUGAAAUGGCUAGGCAACAAAGGAACAAGCGCAAGAAGAGACAGAAAUGGGUUUGGGGCUCAGUCUGCCUUGCCAUCUCACUAAGUGCCACUGCUAUUACCUGGUCUUAUGUUUCUUCAUCGAAUCUGAUUGCUGACGAGUGUGAUGCGUCUACCGGUAGUGAGCAAGAAUAUUGAUGAAUCAUCAUAAUAAUCAUCAGCUUAUGUACAGGCUGUCUCUAACAAAAUUUUACUUGCAUUGUUAAAGCUGCAUGAGAUCUGCCAGGUAUUGUCGCAUACCGGCUCAGUUUUGAGAUCUCUGUUUUUGUUCCUACAUCUAUGGGUGGUUUUCACUCGGACUUGUUUAAUAACAAGACCACAUACAACAAUUGGAAUGUUCAAGGUUCCUGCUUAUGAACAAGCAGGAAUGGAGGUUUUGCUCUA